UGCAAUAUCAAGGACAGUUCUAGUGUUAUCGAACUUUAACGCGUAGUGUGAUAUUAAAGUAUAUACUUCUUCUUCUUCUAGGUACACAAAUCCAAGGUAGAUACGUCGCCUUCUCAUAAAUCUGCUCGCUCGCUACGUUGUAGCAAAAUCUAACACUAGAAUGUUUCAAGACCUUGAGCACUAUUUUCGAGGGAUGCUAUCGUCGUUUACUCCUGACUUAUUGAAAAUAUUUAUGAAUACUUUCAACGUACUGUUUCUCUGUACUUUAUUUAUUAUAUGUGCAAGUAUUUAUAACGCGUGGAAUCUACCGCCAGGGCCAUGGGGGUUGCCAUUUUUGGGAAGUUUGCCAUGGAUGGGGCGCGGUGCGCCUCACUCCUGGCUCCUACAGCAAGCUGCUCUCUACGGCGACCUCACUUCAGUGCAACUUGGCUCCAACCUGAUGGUCUGCAUCGGAUCUUCCAGAAUUCUGAGAGACCUGUUCAACCGACCUGACUCUAUUAGCCGACCGCAUACGCCUCUCAAUAACUUGUUGUGUGGACGAGGAAUCGUUCUCAGCGAAGGUCUGCUCUGGAGGAAGCAGCGUCAGUUUCUGCACGAAAAGUUUCGCGCUCUUGGUGCCAGCAGUGUUGGUAUCAACCAGAGAUUUGAACAUUGCGUCAUGGUGGAGAUAGAAGAACUUUUAGCAAAGUUUCAAAGCACGAGGGAGCAGCCGAUAGACCCGACGAAUGUCCUGGGCAGGCAUGUCCACAACGUCAUAUGCCAGCUGAUGAUGAGCUUCCGUUUUAAAGAACAAGACCCUGAGUUCAAGACCUUCAAUGAGCGGGUCACAAAAGGCAUGGAGCUGUACGGAGCCAUACAUAUCGGGGAGCAUGUGCCGGCCUACUUGUACCUACCAGGCAAAAAGUCAGUGUUAAAGGAAAUCCGGCGAAAUCUGCAAGAUGUGAGCGAAUUUCACGUGCGGAAAGUGACCGAACGCCGAAGACAACUCUUGGGUAUCAACAUGGAUCACCACGAGCCAGCUGAUCUGUUGGACUAUUACUUGCUCGAGUUACGAAAAAAUUCUGCAGGUUCCAAACUCUUUGACGGAGUCGAUCCAGAUGAACAGAUAGUCCAAGUAUUCAACGACCUUUUCUCCGCUGGCAUGGAAACCGUCCGGACGAGCCUGCUGUGGGCCUUACUGAUGAUGCUCCGAAACCCGUCGGUAGAGGCCACGGUGCGCGCUGCGCUCGCCGAAGUACUCGAGCCAGGGCAACUGGUCACCUUGGACCACCGUGCGAGGCUGUACUAUAUUGAAGCUGUGUUGUAUGAAACUCUGAGGAUGGUGUCAGUGGUGCCGUUGGGAACGACGCAUGUUAAUUCUUCUGUUUGGAACGUUAAUGGCUACAACAUUCCGGCCGGCACCCACCUAGUGCCACUAUUGAACAAGAUCAACAUGGACCCCGAAUUCUUUCCCGACCCCAACAACUUUACCCCAGAGAGGUUUAUAAAAGACGGUAAGGUGGAACUCCCUGACACCUUUAUACCAUUCGGUGUCGGUCGCCGUUUGUGCCUUGGGGAGCAAAUGGCUAAGACAGAAAUCUUCUUAUUCUUUGCAAACAUUAUGAAUGGUUAUAAGUUUUAUUUACCAGAAGGUGAACCUAUGCCAGAAUUGGAAGGCGUUAUGGCCACUUUUCAUGCUCCUUUACCUUAUAAAUUAUGCUUUAAAAAAAUUGAAUAAUUCAUUUGUGAUCCAUUUCUUCAAUGAGAAAUGAUUCAACAUUUAGUAUAGGUGACUCUUGUUAGUAUGUAAUUGACAUUAUUGUUUUAUAUCGUACGGUCAGUGAUCUAAAACUGUCUAAAAAGAAGCAUCAAUUGAACACGUUAUGUUCAUAUCAUACUCUGAAAAGCCUACUUUUCAUGUUAUUUAUUGUAUAAUACGGUUGUACAAUAAGUAUGUACCGAAUUAGUUCAUACAAAUAAAAAUGUAGACGUCGGGAAGAUCGAGGCACAAACUCUUAUUAGAAACGGGAUUAUAUUUUGAAUUUGAAGCUAGUAGGUAAGGUACCUACGUAUGGAUGAGUAAACAACAAUUUUACCCUGUAUAUAAAUCAGAAAAUAGUUAAAAUUUAUAAAAAUGUAAUAGGGUAGGUAGGUAUAUCUUAUAUUUAUCUAGGAAUAUAGAACUUUGUCAACAGAUAGGCAAAUUAUGUAGGUAACUGUUAUAAUACCUUACCUAGAACCUAUAAGUAUUUUUCCUGUUAGGUUUAUAAUUUUAAAUUUUGGUAUUUUAUCAGUUUUGAUCUUCAUGAAUUUACCUAUAAAUGUAUUUUGAUUUAAUGCUUCAUGGUUACGAGUAUAUCCAGCCCAAAACAAGUAAGGGAAAAAUGUGAACUCGUAGUUUCCCGUUUACACUGGUCCUCUUUCUAUUUAUUUCUCAUAUGUGUGACCUGUUCGCGUGACCUGCUUACCAUCAGGCAGGCCAUAUGCUUGUUUGCCACCGACGUGGUAUAAAAAAGAUACCAGAAACCUUAGACCAUAGAUAACUGGACUAGCCUUUCAGUUACUUACCCCUCUAUCAAAACCAUUGCACAAUGUGCAAAUAAUCGUAUAAAAACAUUUCAAUGUGUGAUAUGUUUGUGUGCGUCUAAAUGAGAAUGUGUUAAUUUCUAUUCAUAUGUGCGUGUGUCUUCGUGUUUCGACACAGAUCUUUUUUGCAUGUGUGAGUAAUUUUUUGCAUGUGAUAUUUCUUCACAUCCCCGCAAAAUUCGGCAGAUAGUUUUGUACGCAAAUACGACAUAAGGCUAGUCCAGUAAUGUAUAGUCUAAGAAACCUAUGACUGGACUUGGUAAUCACACGUAACAUGAUCAUCUCUAUGUAUGUUAUCCCAUUGUUAAGGAGCCAAAUUACGAUUUUAUGUAGUUGCGUGAGUUGCGAACUACUUGGCGACUAUUAGAUAUCCGACUAUAAAUAAAAUAGGUAACUUAUUGAACAUAAAAAGCAAGAAGCCGUUUAUGCAUUUUUUUACAUACAGUAAAUUAAUUGACAGUGUGAAUCUAUUGUGCUAAUGAAUAGGUAACGGGAAUAUUAGUCGUAAAAUCGGGAACACUGAGUUACAAUUUACUUUAAAUAUGAGCAGAAAAACGUAUCGUUGAUUAACUUGAUAUUUUUCUCCACACAUUUAUUUUUAACAUCACAGGUCGGUUUUUUGUCUAGAAGUCUUCUAGAAAUCGAUUUUCGCUCAUGUCGUCUCGGACAUGGGUAUAUUUGAUAUCAGUGCAUUUAGUGUGAUGUCCUGAACACAAAUAUAUGAGAUGACAAGCGCAAGUGGUGGGGGUAGUUGCUGUGACGUCAUAAAGUCGGCAGUGCGAAGUUUUUUCUUUUUUCUUUUAAACAUACCAUGUGAGGUACCAAAUAAAAGGGCUUUGUAAUUAGAUCACAAAUAUAUAACAUACUGUAACAUUAUCACUACUUGAUCAAACAAAUUAUUAGAAAACGUUCAAAAAUUUCACAAUCCACAGUUAACUUUGAACUGCUCUAAAUUGAAAAUGACUGAAUGGAUUACUCCAAAUUUUAUACCAAAUGACUGUGAACAUCCUCUAUAUAAUGUCUGAGAAAAUUAUACUGUUAUUUAACUUGAUGUACUUUUUUUAUUUUUGGGUAUAUCUGGUUAAUUAUUUUAGACAUUAUAUAGAGGAUAUUCACAGUCAUUUGGUAUAAAAUUUGGAGUAAUCCAUUGAUUCAUUUUCAUUUUAGAGCAGUUCAAAGUUAACUGUGGAUUGUGCAAUUUUUGAACGUUUUCUAAUAAUUUGUUUGACUAAGUAGUGAAAAUGUUACAGUAUGUUAUAUAUUUGUGAUCUACUUACAAAGCCCUUUCAUUUGGUACCUCACAUGGUAUGUUUAAAAAAAAAACUGUACUGUCGACUUUAUGACGUCACAGAAACUACCCCCACCACUCGCGCUUGUCAUCUCAUAUAUUUGUGUUAAGGACAUCACACUAAAUGCACUGAUAUCAUAUAUACCUAUGUCUGCGACGACAUUAGCGAAAAGUAACCUAAAGCCUGUUCGGUCACCCUACUAUAACUUACGUACCUACUACAUCUUUAAAUACGAUGUUGGUUUUAAUUUGAGAUCAUGUGUUGAACUUGUGUUAACGUAAUCAUCAAGACAUAUUUUGUUUCAAAGAUCACGGGCAUGACUUUACUGAUAAUAAUAUUGUAUUUUGUUUGUAUUAAUUACAUUAGUAUUAAAAUGUCUUCAAUUGUUGUCUACUACUACUACUACGUCAUGUCAAGAUUAUUAUCUUUUAUGGCAUUAUAAUAUUUAUAAUCUUAAGUCAAUUGGUAUUGAUGCUUUACGUGUUUAUUAUUUAGCAAGUUACAUAAAUCUAUUAUUCUUUAAGAAAAUGACAAUUAAUUUUUGACAAUAUAAUCGCUGGUUGACUUUUAGUUUACAUUAUAUUACUUUUAGUAAGUAUUUGAUGUAGACCAUACAUUAAUAAAAACUACAUUGAAGAGCCUAUUUAAAACAAAAUGAAAUUGUAAAUUUAUAGCUCUUACAUUUCACGAAAGUGUUGACUAGCUCUCAUUAUUCUGAUUAAAGAAAAGUAAUUUUAUUAAUUCUACUCGCCUUUGUGAAGUGUCAGGACUAUACCUAAAUACUGUCCUUACCCAACACCUCAUUAAAUAUCCUGUUUAUGUAAAAGUGUUCUAAUCUUAUUUCAAUUAUAAGAUUCAUAUAUAACGUAAUCUUUUAUAAUUAAGGUAUUUUUUAAUACAUCAGAUAUGCUAG